AAAAAAAAAAAAAAAAAAAAAAAGAAAGAAAACUCUCUUGUUCCCUCCCCUUUCCUGCCCUGUCAAUCGCCUUUCUACUCAGCUCUCUCUCUCCCUCUCUUAUCUUUCUCUCUGUUCCGUUUGUGGAGAAACGCCGUUGAAGUUUAGGCGUGGUUACAAAUUUAUCAGAGUAUCUCAAUUUCUUUGGUGGAGUUACAAAUUGUAAGGAUUUUUAUUUCCUGUUAAAGGAUUGUGGAACCCUUCUCCAGGCCAGUUGCACAAGUUCAAAUCUAAAGGUGAUAGUGGACCUAAAAUAGCCCAAACGAACAUGCCAAUCUAAUAUGAACCUUACAUUUCCUCAGCAGCCAGAAUCCGCUCCCAUCUGAAGAAGAAUCUACACACAAAAACAGAGAUGAGCUUAUCAGAUUUGCCAAAGAAGGAGGCUAACGUACUUAAAGGCCACGAAGGUGCAGUUUUAGCCGCUAGAUUCAAUGGAGACGGCAAUUAUUGCUUGAGCUGUGGCAAAGACCGCACUAUUCGUUUAUGGAAUCCCCACCGUGGAAUCCAUAUCAAGACCUACAAAUCUCACGGCCGUGAAGUACGCGAUGUUCAUGUCACUUCUGACAAUUCCAAGUUAAUUUCUUGUGGUGGUGAUCGGCAAAUCUUUUAUUGGGAUGUGGCUUCUGGUCGUGUCAUUCGAAAAUUCCGUGGCCAUGAUAGUGAGGUUAAUGCUGUGAAGUUCAAUGAGUAUUCCUCUGCUGUAGUAUCAGCUGGUUAUGAUCAGUCAUUGCGUGCUUGGGAUUGUAGAUCCCACAGUACUGAGCCAAUUCAGAUCAUUGACACAUUUACAGAUAGUGUAAUGUCUGUUUGCUUAACGAAAACUGAGAUUAUUGCCGGAAGUGUUGAUGGUACUGUCAGAACAUUUGAUAUCCGUAUUGGUAGAGAAAUAGUUGAUGACUUGGGACAGCCUGUCAACUGUAUUGCCAUGUCAAAUGACAGCAACUGUAUAUUAGCAAGUUGCUUGGAUUCUACGUUGCGCCUUUUAGACAGAUCAACAGGUGAACUCUUACAAGAAUAUAAAGGUCAUACAUGUAAGUCGUACAAAUUGGAUUGCUGCCUUACCAACAAUGAUGCCCAUGUGACUGGUGGAUCUGAGGAUGGCUAUAUUUACUUCUGGGAUCUUGUGGAUGCAACUGUGGUGUCAAGUUUUCGUGCUCAUGCCUCAGUGGUAACAAGUGUGAGUUACCAUCCGAAGGAAAACUGCAUGAUAACUGCCUCCGUAGAUGGUACUAUUCGAGUUUGGAAAACUUGAGAAUAAAAGCAAACGAGCUAUUUGAAAAUGUCAACAUGGGAUUAUAAUAGAAUCUCUGAAGGUGCAAUCGAGCCAACCCUAUCUGUUCUUAAUGUUAUGAGAAGUUCUUAUUUUCCAGCAGCAUGCAAAUGUUGGCCAGCAUUUUCAUGGUCAUUGAGAGUUUAAUUCCAAUGCAUUUUCUGUGUAUUUGAUGCUGAUUCUAAACUGCUCUGUUGACAUCUCUGUAAAAUUUCAUUAAAUUUAUUUCAGGGAUAUGGUCAUUGGAUUCC